AUGAGAGUCCUUGCAAGGGUAGGCGUGGGGCCGCUGUGCUCCGCGGCUCGCGCGGUCAUUCCCUGGUUUUGGAGAGGGAAAUACUUCAGUUCCGGGAGAGAGUCGGCAGAAAACCAGGUGACACCAAUGCUGCGGCAUCUUAUGUACAAAAUCAAAGCAACUGGCCCCAUCACUGUGGCUGAGUACAUGAAGGAGGUCUUGACCAACCCCGCCAAGGGAUAUUACGUGUAUCGUGACAUGCUAGGAGAAAAAGGAGAUUUCAUUACUUCACCGGAAAUAAGUCAGAUCUUUGGGGAGCUGCUAGGUAUAUGGUUCAUUAGUGAAUGGAUGGCCACUGGAAGAAAUGCAGCUUUCCAACUGGUGGAACUGGGCCCAGGCAGGGGUACCCUCUUGGGAGAUAUUUUGAGGGUGUUCAGUCAGCUGGGAUCUGUGCUGAAAAACUGUGACAUUUCAAUACAUCUGGUAGAGGUGAGCGAAAAACUGAGUGAGAUUCAAGCAUUAACACUGACUGAAGAGAAGGUCCCUCUAGAGCUAAAUCCUGGAUCCCCCGCGUAUAUGAAAGGUGUUACUAAAUCUGGGAUUCCAAUUUCCUGGUACCGAGAUCUGCAAGAUGUUCCAAAAGGGUACAGCUUUUAUCUUGCGCAUGAAUUUUUUGAUGUUCUUCCUGUGCAUAAGUUUCAGAAAACUCCGCAAGGAUGGCGAGAAGUAUUCAUCGAUAUUGAUCCCCAAGCUUCUGAUAAACUGCGGUUUGUUUUGGCGCCUUGUGUCACCCCAGCGGAAGUCUUCAUACAAAGUGAUGAAACGAGGGAUCACGUGGAAGUGUGUCCUGAAGCUGGUGUAAUUAUUCAGGAACUUUCUCAACGCAUUGCGCUGACCGGAGGGGCUGCGCUGAUUGCCGAUUAUGGUCAUGAUGGGACUAAGACAGACACCUUCAGAGGAUUUUGUGGCCAUAAGCUUCAUGAUGUCCUUAUCGCCCCGGGAACUGCAGACCUAACAGCUGAUGUGGACUUCAGUUAUUUGCGCAGAAUGGCAGAGGGAAAAGUAGCUUCUCUGGGUCCAAUAAAACAACAGACGUUUUUAAAAAACAUGGGCAUUGAUGUCCGGCUGAAGGUUCUUGCAGACAAAUCAGAUGAGCCAUCCAGGCAGCAGUUACUUCAGGGGUAUGAUAUGUUGAUGAAUCCUAAGAAGAUGGGAGAAAGAUUUCACUUUUUUGCCUUGCUACCUCAUCAGAGACUUCAUGGUGGAAGCCAUCCAAUGAAUGCGUGUCAGUCAAAACCUUCUCCGUCACCUGUAGCUGGGUUUGGUGAACUUGCCUGGAGGUGA